AUGGCUUCGGCAAUGGAGCCACCGCCUGUCGAUAAGGCGAGCGAAGAGAAGAUGAUUGGUAACGAGAAACUCGAAACAUCAAAUCACAUACACACCAUCGAGAACCUUCCCGAUCCCGACGCUGGGCUCAGUGAGGAAGAACGUGCAGCGCAUGACAAAGUGCUUCUCCAUAAACUCGACUGGCAGCUUAUACCAUGGCUAUCAUUCCUGUACCUGAUAUCCUUCCUGGAUCGUACAAACAUUGGCAAUGCCAAGGUCGACGGCUUACAGCAAGACCUCCAAAUGACCGAUGGGCAGUACAAUGCCAGUUUGACAAUCUUCUUCGUCAGUUACUCCGUGUUCGAGCCGCUGACAAACGUGCUUCUCAAGAAAUUGCGACCAAGUGUGUUCUUGCCCAUCAUCAUGAUACUGUGGGGGAUUUGCAUGACGUGCAUGGGGCUAGUGCAUAAUUAUGCUGGCUUGAUGACGGCUCGGUGGUGGCUAGGUGUGGCCGAGGCCGGAUUGUUUCCGGGCGUCAACUAUUACCUGAGCUGUUGGUACAAACGCUCAGAGUUUGGAAUUCGAGCUGCCAUCUUUUUCUCCGCUGCGGCCUUGGCAGGAUCCUUUGGAGGCCUCCUCGCCGCGGGAAUUGCGCAGAUGGCGGGCGUGGGAGGGAAACCCGGUUGGGCUUGGAUCUUUAUCCUCGAGGGGCUCGUGACUAUCGUCGUGGGCAUCGCCAGCUAUUGGAUGGUUCACGAUUUCCCUGCUGAAGCUACCUUUCUCUCUCCAGAUGAUCGAGCCCGCGUCCUGCGCCGCCUGAGAGCCGACAAACAAGCCUCUGCCUCGCAUGAGGACUUUCAGAUGAAAUACUUUUGGCAGUCGGCUACAGACUGGAAAACGCUCAUGUUCGCCAUCAUCUACAUGGGUGCAGAUGGCUCGCUUUAUGCCUUCAGUCUCUUUCUCCCAUCCAUCAUUUCAGGAAUGGGCUACAAGUCGACGACAGCAAACUUGCUGUCUGUACCUCCGUAUGCCGUGGCAGCAGUUGUGACAGUGGUCGUAGGGUACAUUGCUGAUCGCACCCAACAACGUGGAUAUUGCAACAUGGCCGUCUCCAUCUUUGGUAUCGUAGGCUUUGCCAUGCUCAUUGGCUCUGGAAGCCCCAACGUGCAAUACGCAGUCACCUGGGCAGCCAACAACGUUGAGGGUGUCUACAAACGAGGCGUCACGCUUGGAUUUGUCAUUGGAUGGGGCAAUAUUAAUGGCGUGGUAUCGUCCAAUAUUUACCGGAGCAAGGACAGGCCGAGGUAUUUUCUGGGCCAUGGUGUUGUGUUGGCGUAUUUGUCGCUUUGGUUGUUAGGGGGCAGUAUUGCAACAAGGAUCUUGUUAGCCAGAGAGAAUGAAAAGAGAAUGCAGGGGCUCCGGGACGCUUGGGCCGAGGGCAAGAGUGAACAGGAGGUUGGAGAGAUGGGUGAUCGGCGGCCGGACUUUUUGUAUACGCUGUAA